AUGUACCGAAAGGACAACCAUAUCAGACACCAACCCAUAUUGAAGACACAAUGCGGGUACUUCGCCGUUGUUCUAGUACAAUGGUUACUUUUUGCGCUGGAAGGAUCCGCUAGGAUCCCGAUAUCGCCAGCCUUCUCUGUGCUCGUGGACAAUACUCUAGAACCGACUGUUGUAGAAUCCAAUCCUUCUUAUCUUUUGCUGCGCGAAGCCCAAACGCAGAUACAGGCCGCUGCAGCUUGCGACACGCUGGGAGAGGUUCUGGCAAGUGCCAGAGAUGUGCCUUUCUUCCAGCCUUUGCUUUUGUCACACCUAAGAACUAUGGAAGACGCAGAUUUUCAUUUAGUGUGGUUGCAAGGGAGCGGUGCAAACUGCGUAGCAUACAGUCUUCGGGAUAAUUCCACCUUGAGCGUUGAAUGCAACCGCCGCAUCCGUGCUCUCUGUACCAAUACUGCAGAAUAUCAGGCUGGCGUCGACCUUCAGCCUACUGGCCGCCAUGUGUUUGUCGAUACAUCCCAAGGAUAUAUUAAGGGGUUCCGAGACCGCUUGACGGCGCGAUUCCAGGGCAUCCCUUACGCACAACCCCCGGUAGGCGAGCGUCGACUGAAGAACCCAGAAAAACUGCACAUGCUGCUGCCCGGGAGAGAAAGGAAAUUGGUGUAUGAUGCUACAAAGUUCAAGGCCCUCUGUCCGCAAGACAUGGCCCCUAAUGCUACGCCGGAUCUCCCAGAUCCCAACUACCCUAUAUCCGAGGAUUGCCUGUAUCUCAACGUUUACACCCCAAUGCUCCCCGAGAGCGAUUCCUCCGACUUGUUACCUGUGAUGUUCUGGAUCCAUGGGGGCUCAAACUAUUAUGGCGGAUCAUCUCUGCCUUUCUAUCUUGGAAUGAACGUUGCAACUCGCCGACCGUUGGUGGUGGUCUCUAUAAACUAUCGCCUUGGUGCUUUGGGAUUCCUCUCUGAUCCGUCUGGGUCGCCGGAUAUCGGGAGCAACCAAGCUAUGCGCGAUCAGCUGAUGGCACUGGAGUGGGUCCGUGAGCAUAUUAAAUCAUUUGGUGGCGAUCCUGAACGGGUGACGAUUUUUGGUGAGUCUUCAGGAGGCAGCGCGGUGAUGUCCCUCCUCCAGACAACAUCUGCGAAACACUUAUUCACCCGUGCCAUUAUUCAGUCUGGGAGUACAUUUUCGGGAUGGCAAAGGCCCCAUGUGCAGGCCGAGCUCACGCGGAUGUUUCUAGAACUGGCCGGAUGCAAUGACAUGCAUUGCGUUAAAUACAAUCGGUCGACAUCACAGGUCCUAGAAUACCAAGGCCAGUUAUUUUCCAAGGCCCAAGAGGUGUUUCCCCGCGGCGAGGUCAACUUUAUCGAACCACUUAGGGCCUUUAUUGAUGGAGACCUGAUUACGGAGGACUGGAGUACUGCGCUGGAGAACGGUCGUUACCAUAUGGUGCCAACCCUUGUCACGUAUACUAAGGAUGAAUUCGGCUUGUGCUUGCAGGCCAAUGAGACAUUUAAGGACAAACCUGCCAAUUACUCGGCGGCAGUUCAGUUCUUGGCCACCUUUCUCCUGGGCGAGGAGCGCACCACAAAAGUGCUGGACACCCCGGAUCUGGGGUUCAACCGGUCAUUGAUCAAUGCGCCUGAUGUGACCAACCCGUUGGUCCAAUUCACCACAGAUAUCGGUUAUCGAUGUAGUAGUGAGGUCUAUGCGGGCCUUCUGGAGAGGCACAACCGCGAUGUAUGGGAAAUUUCGUGGGAUAUCGGUCUGCCUCAAUUCCUUGGGGGAUUAAUCUGUGGCAAUGGUACAAACCGUGCCUGCCACGCCGCUGAACUUCCUCUUCUUUUCGGUUCGGGAAAUUAUGCCAAUAUUAGCAGUGGUAUACUCGCCUCUGUCAACUACUUCCAGCAAGCUCGGAACACACUUGACCUGUAUGGCAACUUCGUGCAUGAUGGGGUAUUGAAGAUCAAUGCAACCCACUAUCCACGGCGUGCUGGAAACACAGUUCGGAAUGUUCUCCAUUGGAACGAUAGCCCUCGGUCAAUACCAGGGGGCGUCCACUGGGAGAUCUGUCAGAAGAUGGAAGAAAUGAGCUUAUAUGAUCGGUUGUAUUAUCCAUACCUGCACGCCGCUGUCCACGCGUAUACGAGGGAAGGUUACAGUCCACCACAACAUCCCAUAAUGGCUGAACCCUUUGAUAAGGAUCUUUAGAAUACUUGAUAGGCAUAUUUUACAAUGAUCAACUAUAUCUCACAG